AUGACUGCUGGAAUCACACAGCCCCCCUAUCCCCUCCACGCCUCCGUCAAGGACCUGCUGGACCCGGAGUAUGUGGCCUUCUACAACGAACAUGUGAUCAACAACCAGCAAGUUCACCUCCAGCCGGUAGAGGCGUCGCGAACAAGCGGUGUCUUGAUUCCUGGUGCUGGUCCUAUGCUGGACGUGGGCAAGACUCAGGACAUCACCGUUCAGCGACGUGCGACUGAUGGUCCUCCGGUGCUCAUCCGCUGCUUUACUCCUAAGGGCCAUGCUCCUCCUGGCGGAUGGCCGGUGAUGCUUUACUUCCACGGCGGUGGUUGGGUAUUGGGUAACAUUGAUACGGAGAACGUGGUGUGCUCGAAUCUCUGUGUUCGGGGAAAUUGUGUGGUCGUCACUGUUGAUUACCGCCUCGCCCCAGAAAACCGCUGGCCCGCCGCUGUCCACGACUGCUGGGAAGCCCUCCUGUGGAUCCUCGCCGACGGCCCCGCCAAGCUCGGAUUAGACGUAUCCAAAAUGGCAACAGGGGGCUCCUCAGCCGGCGGCAACCUUGCCGCAAUCAUGACGCACAAAGCCCUAACCCUGUCACCGCCAGUCCACUUCCGCGCUCAACUGCUCUCCGUACCGGUAACGGACAACACAGCGACGGUCGAGAACAACGACUCUUAUCGUAAAUACGAGCGGACCCCCGCUCUCCCCGCACCCAAGAUGUACUGGUAUCGCGAUCACUACGUGCCCAACGACACCGACCGGACAAACCCCGAGGCUAGUCCGUUGUUCUGGCAGGGUAAUUAUUCGCAGUUGCCGCCUGCUCUUGUCAUGGUUGGGGAAUUGGAUGUGCUGCGGACUGAGGGUGAGCAGUAUGCGGAGAAAUUGAGUAAGGCGGGUGUUGAGGUGGAUUUGCAGGUUAUGAAGGGGAUGCCGCAUCCUUUCCUUGCUAUGGAUGGGGCUUUGUCCGAGGGUAAGAGGUGUAUUACUUUAAUGUGUGAUGCUUUGCAAAAGGCUUUCUGGCAGUGA